UAAUCUAGUAAUCUAGUAAUAUCGUAAUUUUUAAAUUUUUCCGUAAAUAUUCAUAAUGGUUGUUUAUGCCACAUAGUCUUCCAGUGUGCGUGGCAUUAACAGUUGUUCACGUGGUGGUGUGGUGUAGCGUAGCGGCUGCGCGUUGCGAGGUGGAGGGUCACUACUCCGUCUUGGAUUUGAAGUCACGAAUAGCGAACUCUCCAUGUUGAGGCGGGUAGUGGCAGGUGGCGGGAGGCUCCCUAAGAGUUGCUGGGACAAGCCUCUGUGGCUGUGGCUAAGAUAACUCAGUGUACAGAAGUUCCAAUGGGUGUGUGUGAUGUGUGUGCAGAGGUCAGGCAGGCAAUUAUGAAUAUAUGUCCCUUGCCGAUAUCCUAUUGCAAAUAGUUUUUCAGCCUCCGUAUCAAACUUCAGUAUAGCUGUAGUAAAAACUUCACCGGUGACUAUUACGAUCUCAGAAUUUUAUUUAAAACAUAAAAUAUUACAUGUUCCAUGCACUGUCAACUAACUUUGGGAGGCUGUCAAUGAAAAUAUUUUAAAGAUUCAGUAGAUAAUUCCGAGAUUUCGUGGAGGCAUCAGCAGAGCUGGAGCAGCGUUAAACCGGAACCAAAAGUGAGCCAGUAGUAUAGCCUGACCACCUGACAGGCGGUGGCUCAGGCUGCCUGAAACACUGAUGGCAGUAGAGGACAUUAACAAGUGUCUAAGUGGUUGAGUAGAGAGUGAGCAGCAGAUUAGCGGUCCCAGGAAUGCAACAAGAGCUUGACGCCGACACGUACUCCGCGAUAAGACGAGUUGCCGUGUUCGCCGGGCGAGCAGUGCCCGCCAUGCCCUGGAGCUGCCUGGUUCUCAUAGUCUGGAUGUGUCGUGCUGUUGAGUGACGGACUUUAUGAGACAAAGCUGCCCCUCUGCUCCAUAUGUUUUCCUGCCACCUGAGUGCUGAAGGGUUGGAGGAAUUAAACGCUGCACGGCACCCGGAUGAGGAAGCCACUUCCCUGAAAUGCAGCAAUCACUGCCUCGCCUGAUGAACCCCAAGACUGUCCCUGCUAGUCACUCGCGACUGCUUGUUUAUCACAGGACCGCCACGCCCAAGUGGUCUCAGGAAGAGUUCACAUUUUACGGAUGUUUACACACUACUACCUCGUCGUAAUAUCAGUGAGGACUAUCUUGUAUUCUCAGGUCGCCAGCUGAAACAUACUUCGCCCAAGGCAAUCGUGAUCAGCCAAUUAGUGCAUUGGGAAUGCGUGGGGAGGAAAACAGUUCACGUGCGUCGGUGCUCAUAUCCAAGGUGAAGUAGGAGCCUCGCAUCGCUGCUCUGCGUUCCGUCGGGAACGUACUGAUCCUCAAUUAUGGUGACAAGAUACACCAUAGAUCAAAUCCUGUCCCGCGGCUCCUCGUCUUCGCCGCCCGCAACCCCCUCCCCCACUCUCCUCUCCACCACGCCCCACAGCCCUCUGUGGAGGCCCACUCCGCUGGCCGAUGGUCCUCUCGAGACAAGCCACCACCUCACUGCGAACCACAGGUAUAAGGUGCCUCACCACAGAGACGCUAGGACAGACUCCCUCACGACAGACGACGAGGAGGAGACACAAACGGGGCGGGAUGGCCGUGCCGAGGACAUGCACCGCCUGGCCUGUCCUGUGCCCCUGCGUCCCCACCUCAACCUGCCUCUCCGCGACACCCCCCCAUUGGAGGCCUUUGGACUGCGGCCUGACCUGGGUUACGCUGGGCUGGAGGGAGGCGUGUAUGGGCUGAUGCUUCGUCAGUACAUGGAGGCUCACUACCACCUGGGCGGGCCGCGCUCCCUCCUGCCUCUCUCCUUCCAGGGAUACGACUCAGGUCUGGUGAACUCCGUGGGAAGCGGCCGUACGCGGCGCCGCGGGGGUCAGGUGAGGUUCACGACGCAGCAAACCCGCCAGCUGGAGACGUGGUUCGUGCGGCACAAGUACAUCACACCCGCCCAGAGGAAGACCAUCGCCAGGGAACUGAGCCUACACGAGAAGCAGGUGAAGACUUGGUUCCAGAACAGACGCGCCAAGUGGAGGAAAGUCCAAGCUCAGGGCUGCGGCGAGGAGGGAGCUGCUGGUGGCGUGGACGUAAGAGCCUCCUCCCCGGCCACCUCCCAUGACGGCAGUGAGAUCGACCCUACGGAACACCACCUCGCAGGGGAAGGAGCUGAAGGAGCCUCCCGCCCUGACGACGCCACGCUGCUGUUCGAGACUGAAGUGGAGAACUGAAGAGUCACCGCCCCGCCUCCUCGCUGGGACUGGGAGAUGCGGGCACUGUCUGGCUAAGUGUAGCAGGGUGUAGAGUGGUGAUAGUGGUGGUGGUGGUGGUGGUGGUGGUGGUAGUAGUGGUGGAGGGGAGUAGUAAAAUCAUAAAACCCUGACCUUCACUAUACCACAUAACCUCUUUUGUCAGAGUGCCGCGUGUUGUGUAAUUAUUAACAUUCGUUUCUGUUUUGUCUUCUCUGUAGAUGAUAACACAAGUAGCACUAGUGGUGAGAGUAAAGGUUUAUUUAACGC